GCUGAGCGAGGGAGGCAGCAGGCGGCUGCAGGAGCCUCCUGACAGUCCGGAUUCAGGAUUCACUCCUGCGAGCUCACAGCUGGAUCGUCCUCUCACAGCGCGCCCCCCCUCACCCCCCCACCCCUCACCCACCUCCUCAGGAGCAUCCCCGGACUCAGACCUGCUCCUCCGGCUGGCGUACGGCCAUCGCGGGAGGGUGACUGAGUAGACAAACUUUGCAGGCGGAUCUCGGCAGCUGUGCUGGAGGCUUGACGUCGGGACUCCGUUUGGUGCCUUCAGGCUACAGUCCUGCGAGAAAGUAAAGUUCAGAGCCUGCAGACGUCCUGCGGGCAGCGUUGUCUUAGAGCUGGAGGAGUUAGGAUCUGGAGUCCGUCCAGAGGGGAAGGAUCGCAGCCUGGCUUGUUGUGCUUUCAGCUUUUCCACAAAGUGAGGAGACGUGAGAGAGCCCGCUGGAGAGCCAGCACCUCCAGGGAAAAGACGGAGAAAUCCAAACACUGAGGGAUCGCUGGAGUCCCGUCAACGACAAAAACAAACAAAUCUGUCCUAUUUUUGAGUUUUUCCAACUCAACUCUGUUUCCACAGCAUCUCAGCUUGGUUUGGGAUGUACAAAGCGACCUGUGAGGAACUUCAGGUGUAUUUCAGUCUCACAGCCACUGGACGCAGAAAAACAGCAGUUCUCUGGGUUCUGUGAGUGGAUUUCACAGGAUUUCACAGUUUUUCUGGACCCUCUGAGGGUCUGACUGUGACCGGAUUACAAACCGUCUGCUGACUUUCAUUCAUGAUGGAAUCGGGAAAACGUUUGUCUUUCAGCUGCUGAGGAGCUAAACUCCAAACUUCUGAGGAGACUCUGAGGAUUUUCCGAGCUGCAGCAGCGGUUUAACCCUUCGGCCUCCUCAUCGUCCCUGGAGAGUUUCUCACAAAUGACAUCUGCUCGAGCUUCGAGCAGGAUUUUCCACCUGUGGCAUCUGGUCCAGCUCUAGGACGCCAUGCAAGAUCUUCCAGGACGUCGAUUUCUCGAACCAAAGCCCUCGACUGAGCAGAAAUCUGACAUCUGACAGGUGGAGACUCUUACCUCCUCAUUAAAACUGUCUCCUGGUGGAUUUUUUUUUUUCUUCCAGUUUUUGGAGGCUUCCUUUUGCGUCUUUCUUACACUGUGGGCACAUUUCUCUGGCGGCCGUUUGGAGGUUUUUUAGCGAGACAUUGGGCUUGAAGUGAGACGGAUCGGAGGACAUCUUCCAGAAAAGAAGUUCGACGGCCACGUGGAUCCUCACUGUGGAAAAUAACUCAACUCAGCAUGAACGAACAAACGGGCCACGUGGAAAUGGCGAUGAGCCGAGCCGGAGCCCACAGAGCUGCAGUCUCGGCGUCUGGAUCCUGUCGCUCUGAUUGGAUGAUUACAGGCUGUCCGCCUCGUCUUCAUGUGCUUUUGCUCGACAGCAGACUUUUAUUAUAAAAAAAAAAAAUGCAAAAAGUUUUAAAUGGCAGCAUUCUUUGAAUGAAACUUAGCAAAAACCUUUGGAGAGAGGAGAUUCCUUACUGUUUGUGAACCCUAAAUGUCAAAUAAGCUGUUUCUGAUGGGGAGUUACGACAAUACGCCGAUGACUUAAUUCACUCCUUUACAUUUCAUCAAAGACAGAAUUUAAGGAUUUUUUCCUUUUGAAUCAAUAAAACUCCUUUCACCCGAGUAGCGGCGGAAUCCGAUGAACCAGAAUCUGGAUUUACACUCAGACCCUCUCACCUGAGUACUCGGAGGACCCUCGUCAUGCUGCCCGGAGGCUCGGUGGCAGGCGGAGGGGCCCGUGGGGGUCGGCUGUGCCUGCUCCGCUGGCUGGGCGUCAGGCUGUGGUCCCGACGCGGGACCCUGGUCUUUGCCCUGCUCUGGUUCGGGUCCUGGUUGUUCCUGAAUGGUCUGGUUCUGGUGCACAGGAGCAUCCUGUCCGACUACUGCACCGACGACAAGAGCAAGAGCAUCCUGCAGAGACUGUGUCUGGAGUUCGGCGAGGGUUCGGUGACGGGCGACAUGUGCGAGGACCUGUGCGUGCUCGGCCUGGUCGAGUACAAGCGCUGCCUCUACUACGAGAACGGGAAGAAGGUGAUCGAGGCCCGCUGGAGAGGGAACCCGGUCAUCCUCAAGUCCAAGCUGGAGAACUUCUCGUCCUACGAGCCGCUGGGGAUCCUGGACUACCAGGACGCCGCCGACGAGCUCUCGCCUCUCGAUGUGGUUUUCUACGCCACUCUCGAGGUACGAAACUCUCUGGGGUUAGCGGAGGAGGACGAGGACGAAGGAGGAGCAGGAAACAGCAGCGGCUCUCUGUCCAGGCUCUGGGGGAAGAAGCUGAAGAAGCGAGAUAAGAGUUACUCCCGAGCAGAGCUGGCCUCGCUGUGGUCGCUGCUGCAGCAGGAGGAGUACACCUUCCUCCGAGUCCUGCAGGACCUCAGCACCCACGUGGCCAAGGUGCUGGGCUCCUGCGGUCACUUCUACGCGGUGGAGUACCUGUCGGCCGGCCACGCAUGGGACCAGAACAUCUUCUCCCUGGAGGAAGUGGCGGUUCCCAGGCUGCAGGAUCAGGACCGGGGCCAGGCGGGAUCGGGGGCCCACGGGAGAUGGACCGCCCGGGAGAUGGUGCACCGCAUCGCACUCAGCUUCCUGGACAUGGUCUGGCACUUCGAUAACGACUUCACGCACAAGCUGCACCUGUGUGACAUCAAGCCAGAGAACUUCGCCAUCAGGAAGGACCUGACGGUGGUGGCCAUCGAUGUGGACAUGGCCUUCUUCGAGCCCAAAAUGAGAGACAUCCUGGACCAGAACUGCAGCAGCGACGAGGACUGCAACUUCUUCGACUGCUCGUCCCGAUGCGACCCCGAAACGCACCGCUGCAGCCCGAGACGCAGGAACUCCAACCUGCAGGUGAUCUGUGAGAAGAUUUUCAGGCCCUGGUUUUCUCCCACGCUUCUCGGCGCCAAAGCAGGCCUCCCCCUGCAGGUGGAACUGCAGCGAGCCGUGCAGGAGUGCUCAGAAACAGACGGAGGCAUGGAGGAGGCCGAGACAGAUGGAGGAGGUGGAGAAGGAGCAGGGAGAGGGAGCGAUGUCCACCAGCGUCUCCUCAGCAUCCUGAAUCGCCUCCUACAAGAGGGCGGGUCUUCAGGAGAAAGGGGAGGAGCCUGGGAGGGAAAAGAACACGUCCACACUGCACUGAACUUCUGAGAAAGCCAUGGAAACACCCCAAAAGAUUCUUCCAGGAAGAAAACUGAUAAGAAUGUUCCUCUUAAGGAAGUUCUCUUUAUUUGCAACUGAUUUUGAGGUUUGGAUCCACAGUUUGAUCCAAAAGUUCUGAUUCUGAAAGGUCAGAAAAAUCAAUGUCCAUUGCUCUGGGUGCGUAAUGUCAUGUCAACACAUCGCUGGUUGGACACGUCUAAACUUGAAAACAUCUCUAAGGUCCCAAGGAUAAACUGAUCACAAGAUUAGCUCUGAUUAAGAGAACUCUUCAUCCAGGAAUUGCUUCCUCUGUUUGUUGCAGAAAUUACUUUUCGUCACCUUGUUGGGUGGAACUGUCAGUAAUUCCUACAGUGUUCCUGACGACUAUAAGAACACAUCUGGUCUUAAAGUUGUGAGGAGGUACUGCUUCCUUGGACUUUAUCUCCCAGGAUCUGGAUGUUCUGAGAUACUGGAUUACAGUUCAACAGUAAUUUGAUAUUUCCGGGUUAAAACUUGUAAAUCCAACGUGAAUGAGGUUUGUCAUGUGGAACUUCUUCCCUCAACUAAGUAAAAACCUCAAAAUUCAGUCAACCUCAGACAACUGGAACACAACAUUAGCUCAGAGAAGAACAACUCAUCACCGAAGGGAUGGCUUGACAUCGGAGAAAUGAUCUUCUCAAGUCUGGAUCACUUUCAUCACAAUGAAGAUGGAAACAUCCGGAACAGGACGAGAGCGGCAGCUCGCUGAUGCCUUAAGUGUCUUCUCAUUGGAGGAGAAUGUGAUGGGUCCUUCGAGAGCUCUUCUUCUUUCUCUUAAACAGUUAGUCUCAGUGAGAUUUAAAAAAUAAAAAAAUCUCUCUCAUUUGAAGAGAAACUGUAGCGGGAAAUAAAAAAAAAUGUACAAAAACUUUAAAUGUGGCAAACGCUGCAGGUACGGUCUAAAACUAAACUAGAUUUGAGAAAAUCUUGAAUAAUGUACUUUAAUAUCCAUUUAACAUGAUACCAGUGAAACUGUGUUGUACUUUUCAGCCCUAUAGGUAUGAGGCAUUAGGGUCUUGUUCCACCUCUCUGCCAGCUUAUUGGGUCAUUAUCAGCCACUUUUAUUAACAACCGCAACAUAUUUAAGACAGCGGAAUGAUCUCUGUCGCUAUGCUGAGACAAAAAUUAGUCUUUGACAAUUAUACACUUGAGUAAUUUUCGGCAUUAAAACCAUAUUCCUGACUUACGAGGACAACGGAGCAUUGUGUCUCCUCUGAAUAAGCUCAAAGGGUUGUUUUUUUAACCAGACCUCUGUUGCCUUGGUAACGAUUCCAUUUAGAAAAUAGUGAUUGUCAGUUUGAUGAUGAUACCAGAACAUAUGUAACUAUAUACUGAAGCUAAGUCCAGUAAGUAUGGGGUUAGUACUAUGUUUCCCAACCUCUUGGUCAUUUUCAGGGAACACAGGGAGGAAGCUUUGCUUUCAUAGUAAAAGUUACAAUUGGAAAUAGUUACAUGCUAAAAGAUAAAAUAAGCUUUGGUAGUAAAACUGCGAGGUGAGAUAUAUCUUCUGGCUGUGGGAUGCUCGGCUGGUCUGUAAUCUCCCAUCUCUCUGGAACAGAUGAAAACUGAGCACAGCUUUUAAGUUGUGCUGACAACUUUUGAUUCAGUUCAGUCUUUUAAAUGUUUUUUAUACACUGUGGAAUCUUUGAAUUCUUGUUUUCGGUUUUUUUUUUUUUUUUUCAAAUAAGGUAGAUAUGGAUGUUGAGCUGCUAAUUAGCUAAGAUGCCAAUUUUCUCAAUUUUUUUAAAUGAAUUCUCAUAAGCAUCUUGCUGCAUUUUUUACGAGAAUUUCCAUCCACAAACUCCAACACUUUGACGAACGUUAUUUUAACAUGGGGCAGUUUUCCAUGGCUGCUUUAGAUUCAGUGUAGUCUGUCAUCCUGGUUUUCUUUGAUAUGUCAAAGUCAAAUCUGAACAUCUUCAGAGAGGGGAAAAAAAUCGGACCACAAGUGUGAAUUCUAUUGGCCCUGAACAGUCGUUCAAACCCCAGGUUGAACAACUUCUUGUUGCAUAAAGGAAGAAACACAGAAAUGGCAAAAAAAAAUCACAAAGGGAUAAAAGCUGAAGUCACCUAGAGCCUUAAUCUGUGAUAGUAUCUAGAAAAUAAACCAGUACAAGUACUUUUUUUAUCAACUUGCUGAUAAGAUGAUGCAUGGCUUUUUGUUGCUGUAAGUUUAAAGCAAAAAAACACCAAUUUAAGAGCAGCAUUCAGGAUCAUUUUCAUUGCUGGAUCAUUUUUCAUUGUUUACAUUUUCAAACAGACUGGACUUCAUGGCUGCUUGGGUCAACCCAAAGGUCCCCGACAGGCAAUUAGAAACUUAAAGGUCACAUCACAAACUGAGGUCCUGUUCAGACUGCAAUGUUUUCAAGUGAAAAUGAAAAAUUCUCAAUUCAUUUUUGGGGUCGAUUUACCAGACAACACUCAUCAGUGGAACUGAAAAUGUGACUUUUUGAAAACACACCGGGAAAAGGAACUUUACUGAAAUGUUGCCAAGGCGCAUGUGCACCACGGUCGUAGUAAACUGUUUUUCUACAAAUGUGUGACGAGAUUGACAAUAAUAAAAAUAGUUUUAUCUUUGAGGGUAGCCCAAGCAGUCAAACUUGGGCGUCUGUCCAUAUGAAUGUCCGUGUACUGCCAUUGUCAGUGUUUAUUAUGUACUGUUCCCUGCAUGUGUGUGUGUGCGUGUGUGGUUUCAUUACCAAAAUAAACCAACAGCACCCACUCGCGGCUCUACUAGAAAACUUCAUCAUUUUCAGCAUUUGCCAUUUCCAUGGAAACGGACAUCCUUUUCAAAAAUGUUGCGUUGUAGGUUUUCCUGAACGAAAACCCAAUA